AUGCCGGAGACGGCGUCUCCAACACACCACCACCAAACCGGAGCAGCAGACGCCACCUGCUACACCGCCCAAGAACCAGCCGAAGCGCCGCCGGCGCGCAAGCCAGAGCAACCCGAAGGCCGUGCCCCGACCAUGCCACCGCGGACCACCAUCCCCACAAGGUGCCACCAAGCAACCCGAUUGCAAACAGUCGCCGGCCGACCCACCUUCGGGCCUCCGGCCGCCAAAUUCCGAAUCCGGCCGCUCCAGGCCAGAGGCCGCCCGCCGCCAGUGCCCCCAGCAACACCGCCAGCCAUCGAUCUGGACCACCUCCAGAUCCACCAUGCCCGCAGCACCGACGACAUCCCAACAUCACGCCGGAGGGGAGAAGCAGAGCCGCUGGCGAGCGCCCGGGCCACCACCACCCUCGCCGGACCAGAUCUGGGCAGGGGACGCCCCGAACCGUCGCGAGCAGGCAUCACGGGCGGCCACCACGCUGCCCCCGCAGCCGUAGCGGCGCGGCGCCACCGUCGAGCCUGGGCGCCGCCGCCCCAGCUUCUUGGCGCGGAGCCCUGCCAUGGCACCGCCGCCCGCAGCUCCAUGCCUCCGCCGCGUCGCCGCGUAGAUCUGGAGGACAUCUCGCUGCAGCCCGGCACCUCGCGCCCGUGCCCCGCGCCCAAAGCUGCCCUGCCGCCACCUUCCUUGGGCCAGCCCGAGCUUCGCUGGGAUGAGCCCUCCGGCGGCGGCGGGACGAGAGGAGGAGGGGAAGAGUGCUGCGGCGGCUAG